UUGCCUCGGAAAAGCCUCGCCGGCUGCCGUGAGGUGAAAGUCUGGAGGAACGGCAGGAAAAGAGAGGGGUGGCUGUCCACAACAGAAAACUACACAUCCCAGCACCCCCGCGGCAGACGACUACGGGUCCCAGCAGGUUUCGCGGGAUGGACCGAAGCGGGGUCUCUUGGGGCCUGCAGUCGGGGUUCAGCCAGAGGGGGCGCCGGGCGUACCGACGUAGCGGGGAGAAGCGGGUCGAGCUUUAACGGCGCUGCGCAGGCGCCACUCACGGGCCGGACGUGACGCAGGGAAAGUUCCGGCUUCGGCCUCCGCUGCUGCCGCCGCCGCUGCCGCCGCCGCUGCUACAGCCGCCGCCGCUGCUGUUGCCGCGGCUUGUUAUUCUUAAAAUGGCGCCGCUAGACCUGGACAAGUAUGUGGAAAUAGCGCGGCUGUGCAAGUACCUGCCAGAGAACGACCUGAAGCGGCUAUGUGACUACGUUUGUGACCUCCUCUUAGAAGAGUCAAAUGUUCAGCCAGUAUCAACACCAGUAACAGUGUGUGGAGAUAUCCAUGGACAGUUUUAUGACCUUUGUGAACUGUUCAGAACUGGAGGUCAGGUUCCUGACACAAACUACAUAUUUAUGGGUGAUUUUGUAGACAGAGGUUACUAUAGUUUGGAGACCUUCACUUACCUUCUUGCAUUAAAGGCUAAAUGGCCUGAUCGUAUUACACUUUUGCGAGGAAAUCAUGAGAGUAGACAGAUAACACAGGUCUAUGGAUUUUAUGAUGAGUGCCAAACCAAAUAUGGAAAUGCUAAUGCCUGGAGAUACUGUACCAAAGUUUUUGACAUGCUCACAGUAGCAGCUUUAAUAGAUGAGCAGAUUUUGUGUGUCCAUGGUGGUUUAUCUCCUGAUAUCAAAACACUGGAUCAAAUUCGAACCAUCGAACGGAAUCAGGAAAUUCCUCAUAAAGGAGCAUUUUGUGAUCUGGUUUGGUCAGAUCCUGAAGAUGUGGAUACUUGGGCUAUCAGUCCCCGAGGAGCAGGUUGGCUUUUUGGAGCAAAGGUCACAAAUGAGUUUGUUCAUAUCAACAACUUAAAACUCAUCUGCAGAGCACAUCAACUAGUGCACGAAGGCUAUAAAUUUAUGUUUGAUGAGAAGCUGGUGACAGUAUGGUCUGCUCCUAAUUACUGCUAUCGUUGUGGAAAUAUUGCUUCGAUCAUGGUCUUCAAAGAUGUAAAUACAAGAGAACCAAAGUUAUUCCGGGCAGUUCCAGAUUCAGAACGUGUUAUUCCUCCCAGAACGACAACGCCGUAUUUCCUUUGAGGCCUUCGCCCAUCCUGCUGACCCAUUUUUCUGCCCUCUUCUUACCCCAAUUUUCUUGUAUUACCCUCUACAAUAUACUUUUUAUUGAGCACUUUGCUGCUGAAAUGCUGCCUCUUGCCUUUUUUUUUAAAAAUUUUAAAUUAUCUAAAUUUAUUGUUUGUUGUGGUGUCUAUAGCAAAGUUUUUCUAUCAAUUUUCCCCCAUCCCAUCCCCACCCUGGACUCAUUUGAGAAGACUUGAGAAAUGUCUUAAUACUCACACUGCUGCAUGUAGCUCUUGCUUGUUUACUGGUCUGGGAAACAGGAUGUGUUUCCUUUUUUUAAAAGCCAAUUGACAGAUUACACCUAAAUACUCCUCCUUUUGUAUCAUUCAGCCUUUUGUUUUAGUUUGGUAAGUUUUAAGAAAUUUCAGCAGCAAAGUUGUUAUUCAGUGGGCACGAUGGACUCCAAAUGCCUCAAGUUAUGUAUACCUGUCCCAGAUGUAAACUUCAUUGUCCUUUGUUGGAUGAUAUUUUAAAUGGAUAUAAAAUAAAUUGGUCUAAAGGGCUGCCCUCCUUGUUGUGUUUUUAAAUUUUAGUUAAAAACUGCUACAGCUUAUGACUUUGUACAUUAAGAUAAUUGUAUUGAUCUUUUUUCAGAUUCCUUGUAUUUUUUAAUAAAGUAAUCUUAAAUAAAACUCAGAUAGGUUAAGUGUUAGAAAUUUUAAACAGCUUACAUUGUUAGCGUAAAGUUAUCUUUUCUUUUUUCCUAAUCAGAGUUCUUGACCCUUUGGUUAUUGAGUUUAAAACUUUAAUUGAAAUUCAAUAGUAUUUAUUUUUUAAAAAAAUCACUAAACUGUGCCUAAAGAACAUAACUGCCAUAUUAAUGUUUUGGUUUAUAUCCUCUAUAGUAAUAGAAAAACAUUUAAUACUUGUAAUGCUGAUGUGUUAAUUUGAUACCAGUUGAGUAGAAUGUGAUCAAUCCAGGUUACAAUCUAUCAUGAGUAUUAUUAACUAAAAUCUAUGUACUUUUCAAUAGGAAUCAUUCUUCUCUUGCUGUAACACUUGACCUUAACUUUUAGAAAGUGUUCAUUUUUAAACUGCAACUGGAAAGGUUGAAAAGUUAGGACUCUUGUAUUUGUGAACUGUAAUCUGAAGCAGAUUAUUUAAAGUGUAGAAAAAGAAACAAGUUGUUCUUUUUUGCAAAGGUCUGUGAUACCAUAUUUCAGCUUUGUGUAAGUAAUUUGAAUAUCCAAAGGGUUGUGAUGAUCAGUUCUGAAUAUGCAACUGUCCACUUAAUAAGGACAAGUAUUCCAGUAUCUCUUAUGACUGUAGUCAUAAAUGAUGUUGGAAUGUACAUUUUGUGAAAUAGUUGGUAUCCCUUUACUAUAAUUAAUUUUUGUUAUUCCAGGAAAUACUUGUGAAGCCAGCCAAUUAAUAAAGCACUUUAGCAUCUGUUCAGGUAGUUUUGAAAACCAACUUUUCCCCUUCAGGAUAAGAAGUUCCAGGUUACCUAAAAAUGCAAUAAAAAUCUUUAUAGUCUAAGCUUCUUGGCAUAUAAUUUUUCAUCAGGGUUUUCUUUUAUUAAAUGAGCACAAUACUGUUUUGAUUUAAUUUUUUUCCCUCAAACCACCCAGCUCCUUACAUAGUUUUUAAUUAUAUAGCUAUAUGAAAGAGGUGGCUAAGACAUUUGCUGCACACACUUGAACUAAUGUUGGGUCAGUAGCUUCGUGUUACUGCCCUGAUCCCAGUGUAAUUCAGGUGGAAAGGUAUUUUUAUCUCACAGGGAUAUGUAGCUAUGUAUUUUACUAAUUGUGAAACACUGGAAAUUAAUGAUGCAGACAACUUGGUGUGGUCUUUGAACAGCUCUCUGCAGUAUUUUUUUUUUUUUCCUGUUACCAUACAUUGUAUUUAAGUGCUUGCUUUCCACUUAAGUUGUACUAAUAGAACCAGUAACUCCCAGCCCUCCCUGUUUGACACUCAUUAGCUUAGAUUGAUGUAGUUGUUUUUGUUAUCCCUAUAAUGUGACUUUUAUUUUUAAGUCAUUGUGUACUGCAUUUGUUUGUCACUAGUUGGGCACGUGCCAAUAAUAUUCUCUCCAUUCCUUAUCUGCCAUCUCUGUUUUGCCUGAUUUCUCUUCAACUGAAUAAUGGCUUUUUGCAUGGAAAAAAUAGUUUUUACUAUUAGACGUGUAAAGGGAAGAGAGAGCUAAUGUAUUGGACUUUGUGAGCCUACAAGGAAUAUUUUGGAUCCCUCCAAUAAAUAAGGGCUAUGUACUAUAUGUACUAUAUAGAGUAAUCAUGUGGUGGAAGAUACUUGCAAGUCAUAGAUUUAUGGGCAGGAGGAUUUGUUACUCCCUAUAUCUAGGCUGAAUGUAAAAUCCCUUAUGUUGUAUCAAUGGGGGUAAAAACUAUUUUUAUUUGCCUAUGAUAUACUUGGUUUCUAAUAAAGUGCCCUAAGCUCUAGUGAGAACUGUCUACUUUGAAUUGCCAUUUACUCCCUUUCCUCCUUUGGCCGAUAUGCUCUUGGCUAGCUUUUUAUAAGUUAAUGUGUUUCCCCAAAAAGUUUCACUACUUUAUGUUCAUUUGAGUGUGAUCCUAAAACACCUGGAUCAGCAGUACAUCUCAUAUGCAAUCUGCAUCAGCUCCUAUUCUGUCUGGAUGUCUAGAACUGUUGGAAGAUUUUGACGUCUUAAGCCCUAGGUUUUGCUUUGGGAAAUGAGGUUUGAAAUAUUGUUCAUUGCAUUAAGAUUUGUGUGUGUUUGCUUUGUAAGCCCAGCACCAGGUUUUGGAAAAUGCCUGUACUGUGAAAGCAAAUUAGGACUCUUUCUGAGCCUCUUUCAUUGUCAGAAAUAGAAUCACUUUCCUUCAGCUUCCAGGAAAUUGUGUAUCUGGAGUCGAAGAGAUUUAACAUCAAGAAUCCAGAUUUUUAAAUGUAAUUGUUUUUUAAAUGCUAAUGUUUGUAAAGCACCUUCAGUUCUUCGGAUGAAAGGUGCUAUAUUCCCUCAGUGUAAAUUAAUAAAAAGAUUAUAGGAAGUUUGUCAAAAAAUUUAAUGCAUAGUCUGUAGUAUGUCCUGACAAGAAGUUAGCAUUUUAUAUAAGAAAUUAAAAAAUGCUUAUUCCUCCA